AAUUUUGCCAGGGCUCCGGGCGGCCUCCCCCGGCAGCCUCAGCCUCGGCCCUGUAACUUUAAACCUGGCCUGAGGUCAUCGCUUCGCUGGCGCUGGCCAAACAGAGGCGAGGGCGGGCCCGCAGGCCUGAGACCACCUUACAGCCGCUCCCGCCCUCAGCCCUCCAGGAGGAUAAAUGCGCCUAAACUUGGGGAGUUUUUUCCUAGGCUGCGGCGGCCCGAGGGAGCUUGGCGAACUUUCCGGCGCCGGGAUUUUUUUUCUCUUUUCUGUUCCCCGCGGUCCAGACGCCCCCUUGGCGAGCGCUGAAGGAAGGCCUGCGGGGCGAGGCUUUUUCUCCUUGCCCUCAGCCCUGAAACCAGCCCUCGCCUCAGAAAGACGAGUCAGCGAAGAUGUGGAAGAUACCAGCGCUGCUGUUCGUCUUGGGGAGCGCCUCGCUCUGGCUCCCGGCAGGAGGAGCCAUUACCGUCCGGCCAGAGGAUGACAUUUUAACUCCGAGUGUAGAAGGUGGCUUGGUGUCCCCAGGUGUGGAAGAUAACAUCCUGACUCCAGAGCCUGGUGAAAACACGUAUGAGCCGACUGGCGCUACGGGUCUGGUGCCAACGAGGACAGAGGGUAUAACAGACGUGCACUUAGAGGACAAGCCCACUGCAGCGGCCACAGCCCCUGACCGAGAAGGGAGCCAGAGCACCAGCUCCCCGAAUGUGCCAACCAGUCACUCCAUGGAGAGAGUGAGUGAAGAGACCGAGGUCACAAUUGAGAAAGAUGGCUUGGCGACGGUGACCCUGGUUGGAAUCAUAGUUGGGGUCUUACUGUCCAUUGGCUUCGUUGGUGGAAUCAUCCUUGUGGUCGUGAGAAAAAUGUCAGGAAGGUAUUCGCCCUAAAGAGUUGAAGAAUUGUGUCCUUCUGCCAAAUGUUUUUUAAAAAGAGUUUUCCAACCCCCUAGCCCCAGUGUGUGGGAGAUGAUGACCCAUGGAAACGCCUGGCCACUGCAGCCCAAGUCCACACUGGUUCACCAAGCCCACCGCCGAAAGGGUGAAGGGAAACCAAUUCCCGAGACCUGGCUCCUCUGUGCAUUUAUUUACUUUAUGAAAAGUUUUUCAAAUAUAAAUUUUGUAAAAGACAACAGGCAGAGAAAGUGGAGAAACUAUAGAAACUGACUGCUAGCUGAGGUAGUGCAGUGGUAGAAGCUGUAAUCUUACACCUUCGUUCUGAUUCUCUGUGGCUUUAAAAUGCAAAGGAAUCUGGAAGCCUCACACCGUGGAGUCUGGGAUCUAGUGCUUUGGCAGUGCGUGGGGUGAGCGUGUCGCAUAUUCAGACCUACUGAAAUGUACACACUCCAGUCUCCCUUGUCUGUUUUUCAAGCCUGGUUUGGUGAGAGUAGUCAAGCAGUCUCUCAACUUGGAUCCAUUGUCAUGAGCCGCUGUCUUUCCUGGUCCAGAUAAAUAAUUUCACCAGCAUCCAUCUUAGACAUAAACAGGAAGUGUCCACUUUGGAGAAGACAACAACAAAGUGUCCACUUGCUUUCUCACAACAGGGCCACCUGGCAGCCCAGCCUGCCUCUAGUGAGCCUUCACCGCCUGCUCCCCGGAUGCCUCGCUGACUCAGGGGUUGGCUUUCCCUGCCCUGACACGCCCUUCACAUCAGGGGGAGCCAGGAUGGUGACCUUCCCUCUCACCUGUCAUGCAAGCCCUUCAAAUUGGCUGCUUUGUUCUGGAAUGUGGCGAUCUCACCCUGGGUGUCUUGGAGGCUGCUGGCGUUUCGGGGGACCAGGGCUUCAGAUGUCCCAGAAUCCCAGCGCCUCCAUGUCCCCAGCAGAGAGGCCCCGAAGCUCGCCUCUGGGCAGGGGGACAGAAUUCCGCAGUCUUCUAACCUUUACUUUCUGCCCUGGAGGGGAGACACAGGACAUAAAAAUAAUUUGAUAAAAUGCAAAUUUUCUAAUAGCAGCUGGACAUAAAGGCUGGGCUGAGUCAUCAAAGGUAUCUCCAGUCUAAAAGCUAAAUCCUACACCUAUUUUCUGUGGAAAGGUGAUUGGAAAGGGACCGCGUGCCUCUGGUUGGCGCCAGCUGGCUCAGUAUAUUUCUUACCAUAGGUCAGUCUUCUUCUUAAUCAAAAAGACUUAUUUUUCUAAAAAAAAAAAAAAAAAAAAAAAAAAAAAAAGCACAAACCCCUAAACUAAACCAAGCGGCUACUCUGUCCUGCUCUCCUCUCCUCUCCACUGGUAGGAGCUCAAAGAACAGGAGGAAGGAAAGACCAAAUUGCCAAUCAGAAAGCACAGCCCAUCCCUCCUGUCCGGGAGUUUUGUUGAACAGCGUGUCCUGCUGUGUUGCUCACAUCCCUCGGCCCAGGUUCCUUAUUUGGACAUCACAGGUUGAGCCAAGAGGGUCAGAAUUGCUGAAGGAGCUUAAAUAUCCUUGUGUUUCCUCCCUGGGGUUCCUGAACAGGAGUUAGGAGUGACGCCCAGUGUCUGUCUUCCUCUGUCUACCUUCCCCCCAUCAUGCGCCGACCCCCCGCCUGCUGGGACAGGGGUGUGGGUUUCUGGCCUCGUCUGUGUUGACGCUCCAUGCAGAGCGGACCUGUUUUAAAAUAAAACAGAUGGUGACGUUAA